CCGCCGCCGUCAGUCCGCGACCAAACGCGACCGCGUGCGUGCAGCCUAAUCAUGUGGCUCAGAAAAAAUCAACCAUCUUACAAACUUAAAAAAAAAUAAGUGACUCAAAGACAAACUCUUUUUUUUUAAUUUUCGUUAGAGAAGACAAUUCUCACUCUCUCAUUAUAAUUUUUAGUUAAGAAUAACUAUAGUAGUAAUAAACAAAAACGAUUUCAAUGAGUAUACGUAAGUUAUAAAUUACGACAAUCUAUAAAUUAAUCGUGUGUAAAAUAGAAGCUGUGCGAGGAGUCGCGGUGGUUUACGAUUCGGUUAUCGAUUUUCAACGUCACUACUCCCGAACAGCUGUUUUGAGGAUGCGAAAGGAACACGCUAGAACGCAACUGUUCGGUUGAUUUUUUUCAUUCAAGUUAAUUUUUUUGCGAUUAGGGAUGUGUGAAAUUGCCAUAUAAACGAAUUUUGGAAGGUACAGACCCAUUUUGUUGCAGUUUAUAUAAUACAUUAGUUCUUUUUUCAAAAAGUUUCGAUUGCCAAGUGUAGUGUGGUGAUUACCUACUUGAUAUAAAAUCCAGUGAAUCCUUUUAUCCUGUCACUAAACAGUGCAUAACAAGAAAAUAAGUGAUAAAAAUAGUGUAGUGUUUGACAAAAAAGUUGUUUAAUACUGUGCCAUUAUAUUUGGAUUCUAUACGUGGAUGUGGAUUUAAUCCUGUUGAUAAGGUGGUGAGGUGGUCCAUCACGUGGGGCGAUGCUGGGCGGGGCGGCGGGGGGCGCCCGCUCCCGCCCGCCCACUGACCUGCACCAAGGUGUCACGAGAUUCCCGCUGUAUUCCCUAUUCCCUACCCAGGGUGGCCGGUCUACACAAAUACAUAAAGUAACGGAGAGUCUGUACUCAACGUCGCUGUCGACGUUCGGCGUGCCCACGCCGCCGCCCAACUCUCCGUACUCUCCGCUGCAGUUGGAGUUGCUCAACUGCGCGCAACGCGUGCUGCUCUCCGACAAGGAGUCCAGAAUGGAAGAGGCGAAACUGGGCAAGUGUCUCUCUGAACCACUCUGUUGCCCGGACGCGAUGAUGCAGCCUCUCACUAUCAAGACUGAGCAAGCCAAGCGCAGCUGCAACACUUGCCUCACUAACUCGCCCAAGAAGGUCAUACACACAGACGGCGGCUGCAGUCGGACGAACCCUGUGACGUGGGUCGGCGUGGCCGGCCAGAACGUCCAGGUGCAGGUGAAGCGCGAGCCGCAACACAUGCACGUCUCCGAGUUAGUGGCCGUCAAACUGGAGCAAGCGUCACCAGGGAACAAGCCGGAGCCGCCGCCGGGUAUACCCGCCAGUCUGAACAACGGUUCGAUUCCCGUCGGGAUAGCCGUGGCUCGUCAAAGGGUUGGCGACGCGGGCCUCCUAGCCGCGCUUUCUCAGAAGGAGAAUCAAAGGCUACACGAUUUUGAGACGGCCAUGACGGUGGGCGUGGCCAACGUGCUCUGCGACGACCGCCCCGCCCCGCUGGCGUGGCCGACCCCCGCGCCCGCUCCCGCGCCGCCUCUCUGGCAGUACCCCGCUCAAAUGUCAAUGGAAAGCAUGAUGGUGGGCGGCGUGGGCGGUGUUGGCGUCGGUCCUGUGGGCGGCGGCGUGUCCUCCAUGGGCGGGUUCCAGCUCGUCCGCGAGCCUGCUUCGGGAGCCCUACUUCUGUUGCCCGCUCCCCCCGACCUGCCGCAUGCCGUCGUGUGGGGCGGCAUGCCGUACUCGUCUGGACCCCUCCUGCUGCCCCCCGCUCCGCAUCCGUCGCACCACUUACAACUUCUGCCGGGCGACCUCCUCGCGUCUACUGCUACUCUACAACACACGCACACUCAUUCGACGCGCCUGGUUACUCUAGCACCGGCCCCUCCACCCCAGCAACAUCCCCCGCACCCGGUGGACAAGAGAAAAUCCAUGCAACCUCUCAUAAUGCCGCAUACGUUAAUAAAAAUCGAACCGGAACCCCCGCAAGAGAAGCCACCGCCGUUUGUACCCGAACCCGUCCAACAGCCGAUUCUGACGACUCACCUCUACUACCAGCCCGAUUACACGGAGCAGGCGUGCAGGAGUCAAGCCACGUCACCCGCCGCUCCCCCCACGCCACCUCCCGAAGCUUCUGAACUCCCGGCGCACAGAGACGCCUCGAACCAGACAGAUCACGUGGACGACGAAGAGGACUCUCCGAACCACGCUGACGAAGAUGAAAGGGAUGUAGCGUGUGUCGGCGUGGCGCAUUUUCCAGACGACUCAAAUGGUAUGCAAAUGUCUUGUCAAUCACUACAUCCUCAAAUGAUGGAUAGCGCCGAAGAAUCAUCCUCCGAAGGCCUCAGUGGGUUGGUAGUAGUCGGUGCAGUGGAGAAAGCGAUUGAUGCGAUCGAAAGAGAUGAAACGAUAGACAACUCCAGCAGUGGUGGCUCACACGACUUGGUCAUAGAUACGGCCAGGACGUCUACGCCGACGCCUAUGGUGCCACAGUCGCAGACGAGAAUGCCUGUCGACGUCAGUGGAUUGGAGCUUUUGUCGAAUAGCAUCGAACAAUUCGAGCGAACUACACCCGGAAUCAGCAUGCCCAACUUGGAACCUGCGCCAUUAACGAUAGAUACUAGGACAUCGACUAAAUUGAACAUUUUAAUCAAAACUUCCCCUAAAUCUCCUCCACGCACUGACAUUGACACACAUAGGAGAUUUGAGUUUCCAGUUGUGGAACAGACGAAUGAGCAACAGAAACCUUCGCUCGAUGGCCUUGGGUUGUUGUGCGCUUUGGCCGAACAGAGGUUCAUGGAGGAAGUCGAAGAACAUCCUCAAACAAAUCUUCCUUCUACUUCACGGCCGUUUAUCAAAACUGAGCUACUGAGUCCCACCACAGAAAGAGAUAGGUCCUUAGAGUCCAAGAAAGAUAAACACAGACACAGAGACGACUCGUCUAGUGAACGAAGAAGAAAGAGAAGCGGUGACAGAGAGGAAAGGUUGCGACACAAAUUGGAAAAAAUGCGUCGACACAAACGUGAGAGGAAGGACACGGACCAAGAUGACGGCGGGGAGCUGGAAGCGAGUCUACGACGUGUGACGGCGUGUACUUGCGGGCUAGCAGACUGCACUCACGCUCACGGAGUGCACUCUGCUCAGGCGCUCGUCAAUGCUAUUGAAAAAGACAUGCGAGAACGCUUGCAGGAUUUGCAACGACAAUGUGACGAAAAACGAGCCCAAUUGAACGCGCUGACACCGCCUUUACCGCCGUUGUCGACACCUCCGACGCCUUGCACUCCCGCUCUCUCUCCAGAUUCAGACAGAGGAUCGUCGAAGAAACGUAAGGUUGGUCGACCGAGAAAGGUUUCCAGCCCAGACUCGACUGAAACGAUCGUCGCAAAGAAACCAAAAUCCAAAAGUACUUUAGUCGGCUAUUUAUUAGCAAAGGGCAAACUGAAAGGUAACAUUUUAUAUUCAAAGGGCGAACCGUCGAGAGAAGAGAUAAACAGGACGAGUAAAGUUCGGCCAAAAUUGAAAGCUGAACCCAUUGUAAAGACGUACUCAGAAGAAGAGGAACACGAUUGGGGCCUUAAUAGAUCAGCAAGUUCUUCUAUGGAGAGUCUGAACGAAGUUCGGCAAAAGAAUAGGGAGAAAGUAGAUCGAUUAGCUAGAAAACAUUCUAGAGACGACAUGUCUGAGAUAGAAUUGGCGAUCAGAAGAGCGAGCGCGUCGAGUGACAGCGAUAAAGAGAGGCGUCGAGCGAAAAAGAGAAGGAAGAGCACUAAAUCAAAGGAAAGGUCUGACGAAGAAAAUAAAGCAAUCCCCAAAGAUCCUUCUCCACAACCCCAACCAAUUUCGAACUGUACUUUGACUGAAGAUAAGUUAGACUCAUCGCCGAGAGUACUAACCGCUCGCGGUGGAUUGUUCUACGCUGGUAAACUGAGCGCAGUGCAGGCACCAGACGUGUACGCUAUCACUCUAGAUGGCGAGAGAGGAAACAAACCGCACAUACUGUCUAGAGAGGAGACUUUGAGAGACGCUAUCUUGGAAGUGACUCCUACAUCGGUAAGCGAACUACCGUCGGGCGCUCGCGUGUGCGCGUAUUGGUCGCAACAGUACCGGUGCUUGUACCCCGGCACCGUCGCCGUGUCGUCGCCAGACCCGCACGAUGACAAGUUCGUUGCCGUGGAGUUUGAUGACGGGGACUCGGGGAGGAUAGCCAUUGAGGAUAUCAGAUUUUUGGAGCCAAACUAUCCAGUUGUUGAAUACGAAAACACGUUAUUCACGCUCGGCAAGCGAAGAAGAAAUACAAGUGUUACAGAAGAUAAGAAGGCAACUCCAUCUACGAGCAACGAAGUAAAAACUGAACCACAACCAAAUCCAACGUUACAGAGCCAUGCGGACAACUUGAAUGAAGAAGAAAGACAUCGAGAUAGGAAGAAGCUAAAGAAGCUUCGAAAAGAGAAAUUGAGAAGAUUAACAAGCGAAGAUGAUCCAACCACAAUGGAGUACGUUAAAAAGAAGAAGAAGAAACAUAAAUGCUGCGAAGAACACUGCAAGCACAGAAGACACCACAAGAAACACCACAGAAAACACAAGAAGAGACACCACUCCGGUUGCAAAGACCAUUCUUCAUCAUCAGGAGAUGAUCAAAGACAGAAAUCGUCAUCAGAUUACAUAGAUUCCAACAAAUCUAAUGAAGAUUCUGUAGAUUCCAACGAUAGGCUGUCAACUUUGAUAGCAGUGGAAAAGUCACCAGAGGAAAAGAUGAAAACGGUUAUCAAAAAAGCAGUUUUAUCUAAAAAGAGUUUGGUGAAGAACGCUGUGUUGGAUUUUAGCAAUUUGACCAAGAUCGCGUUGAAGAAGGAUACAGAGAAUAAGGAUAAUUUGAAGGACAGUGGAAUCGUUCUGGAAGAGGAACCACCGGUAGCGUCCACUUCUACUUUAACAGUCGAAUCACCUAAAAAGAAGACCAAACGUCGGACAGUGUCCUCGACGUCGUCCGACGGUGGCGGCCUCGGCGGUGGUGUCAGCAAGAUGGCCGCCUUCCUACCAGGAGGCGCGUUGUGGAGGUGGCACGGACCCGCCUACCGCCGCACCGCGCGGCCCAGGCUGCGCAAGCUGUUCUACAGGGCUAUACAACGUGGGGAGGAAGUUUUACAUGUGGGCGACGCGGCGGUGUUCCUGUCGACGGGGCGCGCCGACCGGCCAUACAUCGGGCGCAUCGCGGCGCUGUGGGAGGCGCGCGGGGCCAUGGCGGUGCGCGUGCACUGGUUCUACCACCCGGAGGAGACGGCCGGCUGCCAGAAGCUGCACUACCCGGGCGGACUUUUUGAAUCUCCACACACGGACGAGAACGACGUACAGACAAUCUCACACAAAUGCGAGGUGCUCCCGCUGCAGCAGUACAAGGAGCGCAUGGGCGACGACCCGGUGAAGUACAGCACGGUGUACGACAACAACGACGUGUACUACCUCGCCGGCCACUACGACCCCACGCCGCAGGCGCUGCGCAUGGAGCCCGACAUACCGUUCGCGAGCGAGCCCGCCUCCUAAUGAGUUAUUGUCGCCUGGUAAUUAUGAUGCUGAUCGUACACAUCCUUUAAAAAGUGCCUGCACGCAGUCAUAUUGUCAAUAUUAUUUAUUGAUCAUUUGUGUAAAGUCCAACUUUACCAUAAGGAACGGUAUAUUGCUGAGGUACGUAAGAUUCCUUACUCUACUAAAUUGUAUUGACAACAAUAUUAUUGACUGUAUGAAAACGGGUAAUAUCUAUUGCAUUAAACUCAUGUAGUUGUGAUAUCAUUAAUGAUGAUAUUGCCUAGGAUAGAGCGAUUAUCAACUUUUCGUUUCGCGGCACAUUGGUAUUUCACCAAAUUACAAAUCAAUGCUCUACAGCUGCAUGAGCUAUGCCAUGACGAAAAAUUAAUAGUAUUACAUCGUUCUUAUUUUCAGGCAAUUUAUCCCUUAUGCGCGGAAAAGUAUGUGUGUCGUAUGAUCAGUUUGAUUAUGGAACAUUUUGUAAAUAAUUUGAAUUUACAUAAAUAAAAAAGUACAGUAACUUGACCUGUCUUGAUCGUUGAUCAUUUUCUUAUUAAAUUAGUAGUUUUAUAUAUUUUAUAUUUACGUCACAUAUUAGUGUGUACAUUGUAUUAAUAUUAUUUCCAAUGUCGACGCAUCUUGAAUUGCAUUGUAUUUAAAUAGUGAACAACAAUAGUGUUUCGAUAUUUUCAAAUCUCAGUGUUAGAGUGUUCGUCGCAGUAGAUUUGUUUACACUCACGUAUAUCGGAUGUAGCUUUGAGAAUCACUUAUACAGGUCUUAAAGUACAAUGUAGAUUUUUGAGGCUCAAUAUAAUGUGACAAUUUUUUCACUAUAAAACAUCGCACAUAUUGGGGCAGCGUCGCAAACUAUGAAGACAUUUUUUUUUUCUUUUUACUUUUUUCAUCGUUUGAUCAUUAUAGGAUGGUAUUGGCAGGUCAACGCGUAAAAAUUUCUUAUUUUCCAGUAAAAUCAGGACAUUUUGUUAUUUUAUAUAAACUUAAUAAAUCCUAUAAUUUAUCAAGUGCAAAGUUCUUUGAUACAGUUGUGUGUUAUAUCUAAAUUAAUAAACGAUUAAUUUAAAAGAACAGUGUCAUAGAAUUUGAUAAAUUAUGGUCAAUGUAUAAUAUUUAUCUAUUUCCUUUUGAAAUAUAGCGGUGAUGAUUUUUUAUAUUUAUUUAUAAACAUGUUCUGUUCUGGUUUUUACUUAUCGAUACUUAAUACUAGGCCUAGAGAAUCGUUAGUUGGUAUUAUUUACCAAUCGAUUUAAGCUUUCUCAAUCUUUAGUUAAGUCAAACUGUCCUCUAGGUGACACCUGCCCCUCGUCCAUCUUGUAAUGGACACACUGUAAUGCCAAUUCUUGUAAUGCGAAGUGCCACGCCCCGCUAUGUGCGAACGUUCGCCGUCCUUGCGACGAUCUUUACAAACGUAGGUACGUGUUGAAGUUACCCUUGUUACGUUUUAGCGGUGUCCUUUUUGGAAUGUUAUGUUUUCUUCUCGAUUUUAAAGCACACUACACACUGGAGCAACAUCCUCUUUGAUUUACGUUUCAUGUUGACUAAGGUAUUUUUAAAAUUGUUAAAUUGUCUCAUAUAAGUAUAAACAAAUGCUGUUAGUUUAUGUAUGCAUUGAAAACUCGAAAAGUUCUGCACUGAUUGAGCUAAAUUGACACAAUAUAUAACUCGACUCAAACAUUAUUUUAAUGUAAAUAGUUUUCAGGGUAUAGUGAAAAAGCUCAAUUACACGUAGAUGAAGUCAUAUCUUGGUAUUCAUAAAAUCUCGAAUAAAAUUAUUAAAUAUUAUAUUGUUCAGAUUCGGUCGCUCGAGAGCUAAUUAGUUGAAACUUACUCGUAUAGUUCUGUUUCGAACCUUGUGAGACUAAUUGUGACUAAUUUACUUAGUCAGAACGCAAGUCGCAGCUGGAAGUUGGUCUAGUAUGUAGUGGCAGUUGUAAGGGCCGAGUUGAUGUGGUGACAAUAUGUCGGAUGUGUGUCGUGGUCAAGCGUGAGCCGACCGGAUCGGUGAUGAUAUGUGAUUUAUUCUUAUACAUGUAACGGUGUAAUCUCAGUGUAUAGCUAGUUAUAUAUUUAGUGUAUGUUUAUUUUAGAUUCUUUAUGUAUACCUGCAUAGUCUUCUCUUCAUACGUAAUGUUUAUUAUCUUUAAAUGCAAUACUACUUCAGCUAGUCUAUUGUUUUGUUCAAAAUUGACCAGUGAUUAUAUUAGAAAAUUCAAUAUCCUUGAAUUUUCGCGAAAAGUUUAACAAAAAUAUAAAAAGAAAUGGAUGAGAUUGGGUCCGACUGAAUUAUUGAGUGCUAUUAAAAUAUAAUUGUAGUAAAUCUACAAAAAAAAUAAUGUAAGUUUUUUUUUUGUUUAUGUAACUUCUUUUAUCAUUUGAAGUUUAAAUUUAUCGACGUAUAAAUGGGAAAAAAUAUUCACUAUAAAAUUAAUUUAAAAAUUUGCCGCAUUGUCUUUUUUUUUUGCAAAAAUAAAAUGUGGCAUGAUUGCUUAACCAAUGCGAGUUGCACGUGAUCUCGUCCAUCUCUUUUAUUUAAAUAUAAAAUUGGAGCUAUUUGUUAUAUAUUAUUGUUUUUCUAUAUUUUUUUAUAUUUUGGUUGAUAAUAUUAUGUUAUUUGAUGUAUACCUUUUAUCGAAAUGGUGCUAGAUGCUUGAUACAGUUCUUAUAAUUUUGCUAUAUAAUAUAAGCUAAGGUUGUACAUAAAAAAAUAUUUCCAGUGUAGUGAGGUGUAGGAUUUUCCCGUUUAAGGCGAUAUUUUUAGUUUAAUAUUAAGUGUGCUUGCUCUGUUAUUGCCAUCGGUUAACUCUAUUCAUAUAAAGUAUGUUUAUUCAGCGUAUAAUUUCUACAGGGUAUGUUCGGAACCCGGUUUUAUGGGGCCAACACAUACGUAACACCAAAUAAUUCAUGUAGGUACAAGUUGACUUGGCAAAAAUACGAAAAAAUACAAAAAUAAAAUAAAGUUAAGCGAAGAUUGACAUAAAUAAAUAAAUUACUGUCACUUAUUUAGUUUUGUUUGGAGUAUAUUUAAUAUCACAUCGUGUAGAUCAAGAUUGAGUGUUUCGAGUAUGUUGAAGAUUAUACACAGUUUCUGUUCAAAUCAAGAUUCGUGGCGUGGGAUUUGCGGUGGUUGUUAGAAGGUGUUGCGUAUCUGUUUCUCCCAUUCGCCAUUAAAUUCAUAUCGAGGUGUAUAUGAUGGGACUGAAAAGACAGGGAUAUAGCUAGGUCGACCAAGGAUAAGAAUGUAGAUAGGUUUUGUACGAAGUGGCCAAACAGUUUGUAAUAAAAUGUUUUUAAAUUUUCAGCCGCGUAACCUUUAGAUCGUCAGGGCUUUAGUUUCAAAACGUAUUUGGUACCAAUUUUCACACAGUUCUUAUUACAUCCAAAAAAUUCCAUCUUAAUGAUCUAAUCUAAGCCAAUAACUGGCUUUGUUGAAUUUGAAAUAGGUAGUAGGUAUGCUAUUUCAUAACUCAGUUGAUUCACUCAGUAAAACAUUUUUAUAAAUAUACAUCUGGUGUUAUCAAUUUUGAAAUUAUCAACAAAUAAAGGCAAACUUUGGUACCAAUAUAAAGUUUUCACAAAUAAUUUCCUAUAAAUAGAUUUUCUACGACAGUGUUAGUAUAUUAAAAUACAAUAGUUGUUCUAAAUACUUACUGUAUAUUAACAGUCCUUUAGAUAUCCAAUGGAAUUAUUGAAAAUAUGCGCUUAUAGACGAAUACAUGUCACGUGUAAAUGUCACUCGAUGCCACGAAUGUGAUUUAUUUUGUUUUAUGUGUGGUGUGUUGCCAUGAUAUUGAUAUUGGUACGGUCAAUCUAUUUCAAAAAUCACUUGCGAUUUGGGUGUAGUGUUAAAGUGCAGACAUGCGUUUUGUCUACCAUCUUACCAAUACAUUUGAAGCCAAAUACUCAAACCAUUAUAGCUUUAACAGCUCCACAGUGAAGGGGUUUGGCUUAUUGUCGUUCCCAUUCCUAACACAGUAUUUUAUCGAUUAGUUGAAGGUGAUAUUGGUCAUAUUUAAAAUAUACAGCAAGUAUUACUUUUUUUUUAAACUGACUUCCCGGAAUAGAUUGACGAUAACAUAUGUAUAUGACAUUAUAAUAUAUUGAAACUUAAUUUAAAGCAAUAUUCGUGGCGUCGAGUGACGUGGUGUCGUAACUGUCGAUGUUUUCCAGCUGUUCUCUGAAGUUAUGAAUGUUGAUAAAGUAAUUUGUUAAAUAUAUAUUAUGUAGAACUAGUGACCCCGCCCAAUUCCUCUUCCGAGAAAAUAAAACGAAAUAUGCAAGGCUAAGCUCUCGAGUAAAUAUUGUUAAGGGUUAAAGUUGUUUUUUUUUCUUUUAAUAUACCGUACUUCAUUGUAAUGACAGAUUUUUGUGAAUGAUUUAAAUAAUAAACAAUAGAUACACGAAAAAAAUAUUAAUUUACUUUCAUUUAUUGUUUAUUAUAUAAUUUAUGUGCGUCGUACUUUGUUAUAAUAGUUUAGUUUUAAGUUGGAUAAGUUGUAGUGUAAGUUUAUUUGAUUUAUUUACAAAAUAUAUACUAUUGGAAAAAAAAAGUUAUAUGAAAAAAAGUAACAAAAUUCGAAUUUGAAAACAAUAUUCAGAGAUUGAGGUAUUUUUGUAUAACGGUAAAUGUAUCGAUUAUAAUUUUGAAAGUUGUAUGAAACAAGUACAAAUUUGUCGAUGAGCGAGUCUAAACUCGGCCCGAGUGUGUACUAACAUUUUGUUUAUAAUUCAUCAAAAUCGAUACAGCACGUAGCGUAUUGAGUAAAAUUAGAUUGUUACUUCGCUUCGAGACUUGUGUGGAUUUUAUGAAUUAUUCUCAAUUAGAGUUUAAUCAGAAGGGAAAGCCAUACAAAUAAUUAUUAGAUUUAAAGAGUAAUAAUAUAUCAGCAUUGAUAAUAUAAAGAUUAUAAAUACGCUUAAAUAAAAUAUUUUUGGCUGA